GCUGCGCGAACAUGGCCGAAGUCGGCGAGGACAGCGGCGCCCGCGCCCUGCUGGCGCUGCGCUCGGCGCCCUGCAGCCCCGUGCUGUGCGCCGCGGCCGCCGCCGCCGCCUUCCCCGCGGCCGCCGCCGCCCCGCCGCCCGGGCCGCCCGCCGCGCCGCCGCCGCCGCCGCCCGGGCCGCCGCCCGCCGCGCCCCCGCCGCCCGGGCCGCCGCCGCCGCUGCCGCUGCCGCUGCCGCCGGGCGCGAUCGCGGGCCCGGGCUCGGACGCGGGCGCGGGCGCGGGCGCGGCGCCGGCGCUGGUGGCCGCGGCGGCCGCGUCGGUGCGCCAGAGCCCGGGGCCGGCGCUGGCGCGGCUCGAGGGCCGCGAGUUCGAGUUCCUCAUGCGGCAGCCGAGCGUCACCAUCGGCCGCAACUCGUCGCAGGGCUCGGUGGACCUCAGCAUGGGCCUGUCGAGCUUCAUCUCGCGGCGCCACCUGCAGCUCACCUUCCAGGAGCCGCACUUCUACCUGCGCUGCCUGGGCAAGAACGGCGUCUUCGUGGACGGUGCCUUCCAGCGGCGCGGCGCGCCCGCCCUGCAGCUGCCCAAGCAGUGCACCUUCCGGUUCCCCAGCACAGCCAUAAAGAUCCAGUUCACGUCUCUGUACCACAAGGAAGAGGCCCCGGCAUCACCCCUUCGGCCGCUGUACCCCCAGAUCUCCCCGCUGAAGAUCCAGAUCCCGGAGCCGGAUCUCCGGAACAUGGCCAGCCCCAUCCCCUCCCCGACCGGCACAAUCAGUGUCCCCAACUCCUGCCCAGCCAGCCCGCGCGGAGCAGGGUCCUCUGGCUACCGCUUCGUCCAGAAUGUUACCUCGGACCUGCAGCUGGCCGCUGAGUUUGCUGCGAAGGCCGCCUCGGAGCAGCAGGCAGACACGUCCGGAGGAGACAGCCCCAAGGACGAGUCGAAGCCGCCCUACUCGUACGCACAGCUGAUCGUGCAGGCCAUCUCCUCAGCGCAGGACAGGCAGCUCACGCUGAGCGGCAUCUAUGCGCACAUCACCAAACACUACCCGUACUACCGGACUGCCGACAAGGGCUGGCAGAAUUCCAUCCGCCACAACCUCUCGCUGAACCGCUACUUCAUCAAGGUGCCCCGCUCCCAGGAGGAGCCAGGCAAGGGCUCUUUCUGGCGGAUCGACCCGGCCUCCGAGGCCAAGCUGGUGGAGCAGGCGUUCCGGAAGCGGCGGCAGCGGGGCGUGUCCUGCUUCCGCACCCCCUUCGGGCCCCUGUCCUCCAGGAGUGCUCCGGCCUCGCCCACACACCCCGGGCUCAUGUCCCCUCGUUCCAGUGGCCUGCAGACGCCAGAGUGCCUGUCUCGGGAGGGCUCACCCGUCCCGCACGACCCUGACCUUGGGUCGAAGUCAGCCUCCGUCCCUGAGUACCGCUAUUCCCAGAGCGCACCCGGAUCCCCCGUCAGCGCCCAGCCAGUGGUCAUGGCCGUGCCCCCCCGCCCGUCCAACCUGGUGGCCAAACCUGUGGCCUAUAUGCCAGCCUCCCUGGUGGCCUCGCAGCAGCCCUCGGGCCACGCAAUCCACGUGGUGCAGCAGGCCCCCACGGUCACCAUGGUCAGGGUGGUCACCACUGCCGCCAGCUCUGCCAAUGGUUACAUCCUGGCCAGCCAGGGCUCUACCAGCGGCCCCCACGACACGCCAGGCACCACCGUGCUGGACCUGGGCGGUGAAGCCAGAGGCUUGGAAGAAAAACCCACCAUUGCGUUUGCCACAAUCCCUGCGGCUAGCCGGGUCAUCCAGACGGUGGCCAGCCAGAUGGCGCCCGGGGUUCCUGGACACACGGUCACCAUCCUGCAGCCGGCCACCCCCGUGACCAUCGGGCAGCACCACCUUCCUGUCCGCGCCGUCACUCAGAAUGGGAAGCACGCCGUGCCCAGCAGCUUAGGCAGCAGCGCUUACGCCCUUACCAGCCCUCUGCAGCUGCUCGCGGCUCAGGCGAGUUCGUCCACGCCAGUGGUGGUGACCCGGGUGUGCGAGGUGGGGCCCGAGGAGCCGGCAGCAGCGGGCACGGCCGCCGGCACGGCCGCCGUCACGGCCACCAGCACCCCGGCCACCAGCACCAGCACCAGCACCUCUGCCUCUCCCACCGGGGAGCCUGAGGUCAAGAGGUCCCGGGUGGAGGAGCCCAGUGGAACUGUGGGCACCCAGGCAGGGGGCAGCACGGCCGCCAGCCCCUCGGGCCCCAGCACUGGCGAGUGACAGCACAGCCCGAGGAGUGGGACUCAGGCCAGCCCGACCCUACGAACGGCUGUACAGGGACGGAGGAGAAGGCUCGGCUGCUGCCCACCUGCGGCCCAGGCCACACCGACAGCUGGCCACCCGGCCCGGCACACCAGCCCUGCCCGCCCCCGCCCGUCCUCCCGUGGUUCCGACAAACACAUAAACGCGUUCAGACCUUGA